CAUCAUGUCAAUCAAGUAUAUUCUUUUGCUCACACUUUCUACACAGUUUCUUUACGGUGUAAUAUGUGACUAUUACACGCCAAGUGAAGAAGUUGGAAAACUGUUGGAGAAGUAUGACCACAGGAACGACUCUCGGUAUCCUUUCGAGCUAGGGCUUGGUUAUUACUACCAAGGAGAUAUAAUGUUGGUUCCUCCAUCAAAAUCGAGAGUCUCCGUUUCUGAACAAUACGCUGAACAAAUAUGGCCUGGAGGCAGAGUUCCAUACCAAAUUUUAGGAAGUUUUACCGAAAGUCAAUUGAGUACAAUCAACAGUGCAAUCGAACUCUACAACAAACACACGUGCAUCCGUUUCGUUGAAAAGACGGAUGAAGAUCAACUGUGGAUAAAGAUCGUUAACAACAGAACUGGAUGCUGGUCGUAUAUUGGCAGGCAAACCGAUAACCAGUACAAUAUGAUUAACCUUAACACCCCCGGUUGUACAAGAACGGUCGGUACCCCGGUGCACGAAAUGAUGCACGCCCUUGGAUACUUUCACGAGCAAGCUAGACCAGAUCGGGACGAAUAUAUUUCAAUCAACAGGAGCGCUCUAAUGCCGCAAUAUCAAACUGACGAGUUUUACAACUCGAACUUUGAGAAGCUGGAAGCGAAUGAAGUUGAAACAUACAAAAUCCCAUAUGAUUACGGUAGUGUAAUGCAUUAUUCUAAGUUCGCAGGAGCGGCUAGCAGAGAAUAUCCGGUCAUGAACAAUAAGAAACCGUGGGAUGGAGAUUUCGGAAGUGAAACCGGUUUUUCGGAGAACGAUAUUAAGCAGAUAUCACUACGGUAUAAGUGUGACACCAAGAAAAAGAGUAAAAAACAAAGGAAAAUGAAAAAUAAAACCAACUUGACCAACAGAAAACUUGCGAAAGGUGAAUAAUGGUCUAUUCCUGGCUUGAAAAAAUCGCUUUUGAAAAUAUGUAAAUAAUCAUGCUGUAAUAAACUAAUA